AUCACCACAUGCUUUCAUGUGCUUCCUUCUCCAACGAAAAAGAAAAAAAAGAAAAGAACUUCAGUCUCAAUAUAUUAUAUUACAGCAUCACAUUCAAAAACAAAAAGAAUCCAUCUUUCAUCUUUGGUUAAAAAUCUAAAAUUUCUUUUUGAAGUCUCUUUCUUUACUAUUCAUACACUCAUUUUCACACAAAAACAAAACCUAGACUAGAUCACCACCCAUCACUCUUUUUGUUAUUGGUUAACCCACUCAUUCUCUUAUCUUGGCUUCAACUCUUUUCUUUUUCUUGUUUCUUGAUCAUUGCUCUUUCUUGUUAUUGGUUCUUUCACAAUUCUUGAUUGUGUGUAACUAUGUCUAUGUAUUAUGUUAUGGUGAGCUGAACGGUGGCAGUGACGUUUAUGUGAAUUGUUUAUUAUUUGACUGUAGUAUUUACUAUAGUAAUAAUCCUGGGAUAUGCCAAGAUUUCAAAUCUUGAAUCUUUGGUGGUAAAUUGUGGAGAGAGGAUCAAGUAAAAGAUGCGGAGGCGGGCUGCCGACGGCCGGCGCUCGGUUAGAAGGAGGUUAUCACAGUGGAUCUGGGCUCUUCUUGGCAUGUUCUUGAUUGCUGGUCUUGUUUUGUUUGUCUUUCACCAUCAUCAUGAUGAGGAUCAGGUUAACCAGCCCCUACAGGAGAACCAUGCAAGACCAGAGCCAGUUAAUCGUGAAGGUUUGAAUUUUACAAAGGAAAUAUUAAGUGCGACCUCAUUUUCAAGGCAGUUGGCUGAGCAAAUUGCACUUGCCAAGGCUUAUGUCAUUAUUGCAAAGGAGCAUAAUAAUCUUCACCUUGCUUGGGAGCUGAGCAAACAGAUUAGGAGUUGCCAACUUUUGCUUUCAAAAGCUGCCAUGACGGGGGAGCCCAUAACACUGGAAGAAGCGGAGCCACUAAUCAGUAGCCUAUCAUCUCUAAUCUUCAAGGCGCAAGAUGCUCACUAUGAUGUGGCAACAACCAUAAUGACAAUGAAAUCACAUAUUCAAGCCCUUGAAGAACGUGCAAAUGCAGCAACAGUUCAGAGUGCAGUGUUUGGGCAAUUGGCAGCUGAAGCUCUACCCAAGAGCCUCCAUUGCCUGAUAGUAAAGCUCACAACUGAUUGGCUUAAGAAGCCGCUCCUUCAAGACCUUGCAGAGGAGAAGCGAAAUUCUCCAAGACUUAUGGAUAACAAUCUCUACCAUUAUUGCAUAUUUUCAGAUAAUGUACUGGCUACCUCUGUAGUUGUCAACUCCGCAAUCUCCAAUGCUGACCAUCCAACGCAGCUAGUCUUCCACAUAGUCACAAAUGGAGUCAGCUACGGAGCUAUGCAGGCUUGGUUCCUCAGUGAUGACUUUAAAGGGGCCACUAUAGAAGUGCAGAAUGUGAAAGAGUUCUCAUGGUUAAAUGCUUCUUAUGCUCCUGUUGUCAAACAGCUUCUUGCUGAAGAUUCACGGAGCUAUUACUUCUCAGGCUAUCAAGAUAUGAAGGUUGAGCCAAAACUGCGGAACCCUAAGUACCUGUCUUUACUGAAUCAUCUUCGCUUUUACAUCCCCGAAAUCUAUCCUCAACUUGAAAAGAUAGUUUUUCUUGAUGAUGAUGUUGUAGUCCAGAAGGAUCUAACACAACUGUUUUCGUUGGAUUUGCAUGGAAAUGUCAAUGGAGCUGUUGAAACUUGUCUUGAAGCAUUUCAUCGUUAUUACAAGUAUCUCAAUUUCUCGAACCCAAUCAUCAGCUCAAAGUUUGAUCCCCAGGCAUGUGGUUGGGCAUUCGGUAUGAAUGUUUUUGAUCUGAUUGCUUGGAGGAAGGCAAAUGUGACUGCACAGUAUCAUUACUGGCAGGAGCAGAACGUUGAUCGAACAUUAUGGAAGUUGGGAACACUUCCUCCAGCUCUUCUAGCAUUUUAUGGCUUAACAGAGCCGCUUGAUCGAAGAUGGCAUGUGUUAGGAUUGGGAUAUGAUACGAACAUUGACAACCGUCUAAUCGAGAGUGCUGCAGUUGUCCAUUUUAAUGGGAACAUGAAGCCAUGGCUGAAAUUGGCCAUUGGCAGGUACAAGCCCCUGUGGGAAAGGUACAUAAACCAAAGUCGCCCAUAUUACCAAGAUUGUGUCACAAGUUAAACUGUAGCUGCUUAUUGAUUAUUGAUAGUUUAUGUGGUCUUCAAUAUUUAUACACCUCUCAACUGGUGAUCACAUUAUUGUAGAGUCAGAAGUAGAAAAUUUUGACUUCGGUAGGAGUUUUGUUUUCUUUACUCUUGCUCCUUUUUCUUCAUAGUUUCUCAAAAGGAAAAAAAGAAAAAAGCAACAAGUUUUAUACAUUGGAGAAUUUAAAUUUACUAGGUGAAGAGGUGUGGAGAAUUCAUUUUUGGCUGAUGGGGUUUGCCUCUCCCCUUCUGCAACCUGUAGAAUUAUUUUGUCCCUAGGGAUUCUUGUAAUAAUUUUUCAGCUAUUUUGGGUUAUAAUGUAAUUGGAUGCAGACAAAUUUUUUUCCUGCUUA